UGACUUAUGCUGCCUGCGUGAAUUGUCGUUUGCUUUUUUUUUUUUUUUCUUUCUGGAAGUGGUGUUGGCGGGAGGGGGCAGUUUAGGAGUUAAAGGGGGGGUUCUCUUGAUGUUUGAUCAGGCGACUAGUAUGGGCGAUGGAGUGUCCGAGGAGAGAAGCCCUCUCUGUGGCAAAUCAGCCACGUCUUGUUCAGAGCGACUCAGAGACAAGGGAAGUAGGGCAGAUCUGGAGUGUUCCCUCCGAGGCCACAGUAUAAAAGACAUUCCUGUGACCUCCACCUCCAGCCCCGGCUCGUCCAAAGAAGAAGGUCAGGACAGCCAGUCUUCAGGAGAAGCUGAUUAUUGCAGACGGAUCCUGGUCAGAGAUGCCAAAGGGACGAUUCGAGAGAUUGUUCUCCCGAAAGGCUUGGACUUGGAUCGGCCCAAACGGACCCGGACGUCCUUCACAGCCGAGCAGCUCUACCGCCUGGAGCUGGAGUUCCAGAGGUGCCAGUACGUGGUCGGCAGAGAGAGGACGGAGCUGGCGAGACAGCUCAACCUGUCUGAGACGCAGGUCAAGGUCUGGUUCCAGAACAGGAGGACGAAGCAGAAGAAGGAUCAGAGCAGGGACUCUGAGAAACGCUCAUCUUCAACAUCUGAAUCCUUCGCCACUUGCAAUAUCUUAAGGUUGCUGGAACAAGGCAGACUCUUAUCAGUCCCGGCACCCCCCAAUUUGCUUUCUCCUAGUCAAACCACCAUAGGAACUUCUUCUGGAAAUGGGUCCAGCCUUGGGAAUUCAGAAAGCACGUCGCCGGUUAUAAGGAGUUCUCCUCCCGGGGCAGGAACCUUCAACCUCCAGGUGCCAUCAUUAGCUCCGACUUCUCCGCGGUUACCAGCUCCUCUUUGUUUCCCGGGUCCUCUCUUGGGAGGUCUGCAUGAAAUACCCACCGGGUACGGACUAGGGAGCUCGGCUUUCGAGCCCUACACACGCUUGGAAAGGAAAGACUCUACUUCCAGUAAAAAGCCAAGCUCCUAACUUCUUUCGAAGGUGUUAAAAGCCACUGCGUUGGCUGCCCAGUAACGCGAUCCCGGUGACCGGCCGUUGGGAAGACUUUGUCUAGUGAUUUGUGUUUGUCUCACAGUGAUACAAGGAUCUGGAUGUGGAGGCCAGGAGAUGGAGAAGGUCUUAGGACACGUGUGCAGCUGCUAGCACCGGUGCAUUUGGAUGUGCCCACUUUUUAAAUAACCCCUAAGCACUCUCGCCACAUUGCUAAAGUAUAUCUUUCCCAUCCGGCUUA